AUGGCACCGAUCCGGAUCAGAAACGUUUUAAUCAGUGAAAGCGUGGAUCCUCUGUGCCGGCAGAUUCUGGAGGAGAACGGCGUCCAAGUGACAGAAAAACACAACAUGAAAAAGGAUGAAUUAAUCGCGGAGAUUAAGGAUUUCGAUGGCCUCAUCGUCAGAUCUGCAACCAAGGUAACGGCAGACAUUAUUGAUGCUGCUGCUAAUCUGAAAAUCAUUGGACGAGCUGGGACUGGUGUGGACAAUGUGGAUGUUGAUGCUGCAACCAAAAAGGGGAUUAUUGUCAUGAACACGCCAAAUGGUAACACGGUCAGUGCUGCUGAACUGACUUGUGCUAUGGUCAUGAGCCUCGCAAGGUAUGUGCCUCAAGCUACAAUGUCAAUGAAAGCAGGAAACUGGGAUCGUAAAAAGUACAUGGGUGCAGAGCUGUACGGCAAAACACUUGGAAUAAUUGGACUUGGCAGAAUAGGGAAAGAAGUGGCUUCAAGAAUGCAGUCAUUUGGCAUGAAGACAAUCGGCUAUGAUCCGAUCACUCCUUCUGAGGUGUCAGCCAGCUGGGGGGUGGAGCACAUGCCUCUGGACCAGCUGUGGCCCCAGUGUGACUACAUUACUGUCCACACUCCUCUGAUGCCUUCCACGCUUGGUCUACUUAACGACGAAACCUUUGCUAAGUGCAAGAAAGGCGUGAAGGUGGUGAACUGUGCACGUGGUGGCAUCAUUGAUGAGGCUGCUCUCCUCAGAGCUUUGGAGUCUGGACAGUGUGGCGGAGCAGGACUUGAUGUCUUUGUUGAGGAGCCACCUAAGGACCGCUCACUGGUUGACCAUCCCAAUGUGGUCAGCUGUCCUCACCUGGGAGCCAGUACUAAAGAGGCACAGGUGAGGUGUGGGCAGGAUAUCGCCCUUCAGAUUGUGGACGUUGUAAAGGGCAAGGGCCUGGCUGGAGCAGUAAAUGCUCAGGCUUUGGACAACACGUUUUCCCAGAAAUCUCAUCAAUGGAUCAAACUUGGCGAAGCCAUCGGAGCUUUGCUGCAGUCGUGCACCACUUCUGCAGAGCAACCAUUCAGUCAGGUUCAAAUCACUACUCAAGGGGACUGCAUGAAGUCUACGACUGGUUACAUGACUUCAGCUGUAAUGGUUGGUCUUCUCACUCAACAUCCUGACAGUUGCCCAAACCUCAUAAAUGUGCUGAGCCUAGCAACAGACUCUGGAGUAACGGUAAACCAAAGCCACUCGUCAUCGGAGGGUGCAGCCCCCGGUGUGUGCAAGGUGGAGGUCCUGGCCAACGGCUGCAGCUACAGAGCUAUUGGAUCAGUUCAAGGUGGGGUGCCUGUCCUGCUGGAACUGAGCGGCAGCGUGUUCAGGCAACCAGUCUCACUUGCUGGGAAUCUGAUAUUCUUCAAGUCUUCUGCCAACCCACAGCUCCUGUUGUCAGUUGUUGGUCUGCUGGCUGCAGAGGGAGUGCAGAUCGAGUCGUUCAGCGCUCCCACAGACCAUGCUGGGGAUCUGUGGUAUUGUGUCGGGGUGUCGUCUCCUCUGGGAGACAUGAGUGCCUUGAAAGCUUUUGUCCAGGAGGUGGCUCAGCUCUGUAUUUAAGAACAUUUAAGGCCAUGCUGACUCAACAUUCAAUAUCUGAAACUCUGAACAUUUUCCAAUUAAUAUAAAUGAGCCUUCUAGCUAUUGGUGUUUGGUGUUUACAGCUACUGACUGAUUUCAGAGUUGUACUUGUAUUUUGAUAACAUUCAAGUGCAGAGAGUCUUACAUGAUUGUCAAAGUAAAAUAAAAAAAUGCAAUUUGU